AUAGUCGUUGUUUAAACUUAUGUACAUGAAAAUAUCAGAAUAGUUGUAUAAAGUUUUAUCUCUAAAGUGUAUUUUUUAAAAAUAAUUUAAUUAUUUGUUCGAAAUAUGUGAUGUUUUUCAUCAAUUCGAGCUUCAGGUGUGCUUAAUUAUUAACGGUGCUAAUGUUGAGAAUUUUGUUUGCGUAUUUAUCGUUGUGUGUGUAAGUGGUUCGCUCAGCGUUUGUAUUCAACUAUAUAAAUCGGGCUGUGUUUGUUUAUGAAUAAUUUUAUAUUCAAUUUUCAUUAAAUUUGUGCUUGGUUUGCAAAUGUGUUGCGUAUUCGGCGAUAAUUCGCGUUCGAUAGUGUGGUACGAGGUGCCGGCGCGAUGUCGCUCAGACGACUGUGUUUUUGGCUGAAAUACAGAUGAGAACGAUACGAAGAAGAUAAUGUCUAUACGUUUGAGCGGUGUCUACCUGGUGCAACAUCCUCAAAACAUGUCUCCGAGUACAGAGAAAUCUCCAUCGUUGAGUAAUGACCCAGUCUCGCUGCCUUUGCAAAGCUCCAAACCACCCACAGCCGUUGCCAUUGUUACGCCGCAGAGAAGUAAUAGUUUGGAUUUUUUGAACUUCGAAGAGAAAAGACAAAUCAUCGCGUCUUCUCUAUCGCUAACCGAUUUCCUGCAACAUAAACAUGCCCAAGGUUCGGCUACCACACCUACCUCACCUACAACAGCGAAGUUUAUUUUGGGCAAAAAGCAAAAUGGCACUGCCAUACGGACCAAUAGUCUGGGAUCGGCGACGACCAGAACGUCGUCGUUGCAUUUGGAAAGAAAGCCAGCGACGACAGCAGCCACCGUUAGUAAAUUUUCCGCCCUAGGUAGAUUAUUCAAACCGUGGAAAUGGAAACGGAAAAAGAAAUCGGAGAAGUUUGAAGCUACAUCUAGAUCGCUGGAACGAAAAAUCUCAGUACGUGCUCCACGGGACGAGCUUAUUCAAAAAGGAAUCUUAUUUUUGGAUAGUCCUACUACACCAGUAACCCAUCCAGGCACGACAGAAAGUAGUACAGACGGUGGUAGCGUAAUGUAUUGCGCCACCUCGACGACCAUCCCAUCGAUUACAACGGCAACCGGUACCAUGCCAGUUAUAUCGCAUCAACAUCAAUCCUCUUUUACUACAUCGUCGUCGAUGACGUUGGUCUCAAGUAGUGGUAUCAACGAUGUUACGUCCAUAAUAUCAGAUUUUAAUAAUAAAAAUAGCAAUAAGACUGAUUCGCCGAGAGCAACGGACAAAAAUGAACAUUGCUCACCCCGUCGCCAGCUUAAGCAAAGCGGCGAGCCGCCUCCGCCUACGAUAACGGCCUCGGAAAUCCAACAACAACACCAAUUAAUCAGUAGCGGUACGCUGAGGCCGGAACGACCGAAUUCGUUGGGUUGUACGCCGGCCCGUAUAAAUCGCCGUAUUUUGUGUUACCAUAAUAAUAAUCUUCCGUGCAACAAUUCGCCUACUGGCAAUUCGUCGCCUAGUAGCAUAUUACCUCCAGCUUGUGAUAAUAGCAUUAUAAGCGGAUCGCCUAGGCUUAAUCAUCCGCCACCGCCACCGUCUUUAUCGUCGACAUCGUCGUCGUCGUAUCAAAACGCUUCUCAAGUACUCACGCUGCUGGAAUUACCAGAGCCCCCUAUUCCGGUAUCGGAAAUCGGACCAAUACCUCCGCCUCCUAUGUUCAGUUCUCCUAGCCCGACGCCUAGAAGAUUCAAUCACGUUAUGCAUCAUCAGAAUUCCACGGAUAUGUCGUACGAUGACGAUAACGUACAGUACGGUAACUCGUACGACGAAGACUGCAACGACAACGAUAAUAUAAAUGGUGACUGUGAUAAUGAAAAAUGUGUCGACGACGACGACGAAGAAGACAACCGCGACCGCAAUCGCCACCGCCAUCAUCACCAGCACGAUCGCAGACAUAUGAACGAUGAUGACGAUGACGACGACGACGACGACAUCGACGAUGAAUACGACGACGAUGACGAUGAUGACGAGAAUGGUUUCGCCAGCAUGAAAAUCUUUCACGGACCGGAUCCGGUUAUAGAUACUUCGCGAGUUGAAAAGAUCCCGGCCAAGGAGCCGAAAUUCUUCGCCGUACCAUUAAAAUCUGCAUUGAAGAAACCGUCGACUCCGACGCAAGAUCAAGGCGCCAAUACGCCGCCGGCUAUAACCCGGAGGUUACCGUUGGUGCCGAAGAUUCACAUGUGCGGCUCAUCGAAACCGGUCAGAUUUGGUGUCGCGUUACCGUUUUCAAACGAUAAUAAAGAGAAUGAAUACUGCCACGAUAGUUCAAGUUAUUCAAACGGCGAUGGACCUGUAUUAUAUAGAGAUGAUAACGAUGGUGAUAAUAGAUUAGCGGCCAAAUUAGCUCGUAAAGAUAGUUUAGCGAUUAAAUUAGCCUUAAGACCAGAUAGACAAGAGUUGAUUAAUCGUAACAUUCUGCAAGUACAAAGUGAAAAAGAAAGACAAGAGAGCAAGGAAGCUGUCGGCGCACGAUUGAUAAGACGAUUAAGUAUGCGACCCACUCAAGAAGAGCUAGAAGAAAGAAACAUUCUCAAAAAACAAACGGCUGCUGAAGAAAGAAAAAUGAAAGAAGAAAAGAAACGCAUGUUAUUACGAAAGCUGAGCUUUAGGCCAACCGUUGACGAGCUUAAAGAAAAGAAGAUUAUACGAUUUAACGAUUAUAUCGAAGUUACACAAGCUCACGAUUACGAUCGAAGAGCCGAUAAACCGUGGACCAGGUUGACGCCAAAGGAUAAGGCGGCCAUACGUAAAGAAUUAAACGAAUUUAAAAGCUCCGAAAUGGCGGUGCACGAAGAAAGUAGACAUCUUACGAGGUUCCAUCGACCCUGACAUUUGCUGCUUUUGCUCGCUAGCGAUCGUCAUAUUUCUCAUACCCCUCCGUUUUAUUUUUUAUUUUCUAAUGUAUACUUCUAUUUUUCUUUUUUUUAAUUAUAGCGAAUUUUUUUCCAAUUUUCAAUACUCUUAUUGUUUUUUUUUUUCAAUUCAUUGUUUUUUUGCUAUUUAUUUUCUUUAUUUUAGAUUAUUUCCCCCAUUUUUAUCUUUUGUUUUCCCUUCUUGAUUUCUUUCUUUUUUCCCCUGUCCUUUUUUUUUUCGUAGCUACGUAUUUAAAAAAACAAAAAACCUUGGAUAUUUUUUUUUCCUACUUAAAUUAGCAUUGUGAUCUUUGAAAGUAUUUUAAUUUAUAAUAAUGGCUCGUGUGUCAUUACACACGUUCACUUUGUUACGUGUGGUUUUCACGCUGGAAUGUAGGUAUCUGGGAUACGUGAUUUUUUUUCUCUCUUUGUGAACGGCGAUAUAUGUUUUAUUUUUUUAAACAAUUUUCCCCGGCCCCUCAAUUUUACUCGAAUUAUUAUUAUUGACUAAAUUUAUAUAGUCGUCAAGUCGCUUAUACCUUGUAUGUAUAAUAUUCUAAUACACUUCAUGUACUACAAACUACUUUUCAGGUAAAAUCAAAAUUUGAGAAUACUCGAGUUCUUCCAAGUUAUAUUGAAUUUUUUUUCUCUCGUUUUUAUAUAAUUUUAAACGGUAACUUUUGAAAUUUUUACGUGUGUUAGUACAACGUUGUUGUGGUUUUAUUCUCUUUCUCUCUCUCUAUUUAUUUAUUUUUUUUUUUGUACAAUACAUAUCGCUCUAUAAAGGUGUUGUGUAUUAUUUUCGAUUUUUAUGACACGUUGUUGUCGUUCGUCGUCGUGGUGUGUUUCGCGAGUUAUAUGUACACGAAGCACACCACACCGUGUAUCAUCAAAAUUUCAAAAUGUGAUCGAAUUUUUCUGUUAUUUCUUUUUGUUUUUGUAUACUUUUUUUGUAACGUUUUGUACGAUUAUGUUGAUGAUGCCGAUGUUGAAAGUAUAUUUGUGUGUGUAUGUGUGCUGAUGUGUGAUAGAUGAUUGUGUGUGUGACGCUUGCGUGGGAGUAUAAAUGUGUUGAAAACAAUCAAACAAACGAAAGGAAAACCUAGUGUUUUUAUAUACUCGUGUUUUUUGGUCAUUGACUUUUUCAUGUGCAAUAUUUUCAGUAAGAGAAGGGUGAUUUUUACGGGCGCUUUACCAUAGUACCUAUAAUAUUAUGUUAACUGCCAAAUUAUUGUUUUUUUUCUUAUAGUUUUAGGAGGUAAUGAAAAAAAAACCACGCGAUGAAAUAGUUAAUGGGCUUUUUUGAAAAAGUUUUUAUUAUGUGCCGAUUAUAAAUCAACAAUCGUGUAUAUAAAUGUGCAAUGAUGUUGUAAAUAUACUUUUAUUCGGAGUA